GCGCUCCCGCCCGCGCUCCCGGGAAGUCUCGCGAUGCGGUAGCCGGCUGCUCCAGCUUGCGGGGUGGCUCUGGCUGUUGCUGUGGUUGCCGGAGUUGCGGCGGCGGCGGCGGCCCCGGCGGAUGUUGACAUUGUGUUGUUGUUCCUGCCCACGGUAAUGGCGGCGGCGGCGGCGGCGGCGGCGGCCGGGACCGGGUCUCCUCAGUAGCCGGAGCCGACACUGCCGAGCGCCAGCUCCGCGGCCUCCGCGCCCGCAGCUUCGCCAGCCGUUCCCCGCGGCCGCCCCAGAGCCAGGGCCCCGGGCGGGGGGCUCGCCGGCGCGGGAUGGCGGAUUUCGAUGAGAUCUACGAGGAGGAGGAGGACGAGGAGCGGGCCCUGGAGGAGCAGCUGCUGAAGUACUCGCCCGACCCGGUGGUGGUCCGCGGCUCCGGUCACGUCACCGUAUUUGGACUGAGCAACAAAUUUGAAUCAGAAUUCCCUUCUUCAUUAACUGGAAAAGUAGCUCCUGAAGAGUUUAAAGCCAGCAUCAACAGAGUUAACAGCUGUCUUAGGAAGAAUCUGCCUGUUAAUGUGCGGUGGUUGCUGUGUGGCUGCCUGUGUUGCUGCUGCACAUUAGGCUGCAGUAUGUGGCCAGUUAUUUGCCUCAGUAAAAGAACCCGAAGAUCGAUUGAGAAGUUAUUAGAAUGGGAAAACAAUAGGUUAUACCACAAGCUGUGCUUGCACUGGAGACUGAGCAAAAGGAAAUGCGAGACGAACAACAUGAUGGAGUAUGUCAUCCUCAUAGAAUUUUUACCAAAGACACCGAUUUUUCGACCAGAUUAGCAUUUGCUUUAUUUAUAGAGACUUUGCAAGUGUGUUGUCUUUCCAAAGGUGCCUUGCUUGGUGCUCUCCUGCUGGUGACAUGAUGCUGGUUCUACAGAAUCGGGUGGUGGUUCUGUUUGUUUUGUUUUUAAAUAACCGCAUGUUCUGUGUGCAUAUUUGUCAGACUUUGCAAGUUAUUUCAUACAGAUGUUUAAUACUUAAGUUAUUGUGCUCUUUUCUGUUAUGUAUUCUGAUUUUCAAGGAUUACUUUUUGUAUUCUCAAAAAAAAAAAAUACAUUUGAACUUAGCAUAAAAAUGGUCCUUUGUCAGUUCCUUAAAGAAAAACAUACUUGUUGUCUGUUCUAACAUGCUCUUGUACUGGUUUUUUUUCCUUCCCUUUAGAAUUUGCACAGUAGUAUUUGAAACCAGUACAUUUUCUCACAUAGCCUUUUGGGCCUACACUGACCUUUCUUUCACAGUUCCUGAUGCUCCAUCUCAGCAGAUACACUUUAGCUUUAUGAAGAACUAGCAAUGGUUUUGAAAAAUCUCUGUCUUCAAAAGGUCGUUUUCCUAGAAUAGACACAUCACGAAUGGUGUGCAUGCAGCAGCGGUUGCUAGGGCUCAGUGAGAGCACUGUAGAGGAGCAUCUGUCCUCAGUGCCAGUCGACAGGCAGAAAGGCAUCUGUACUCAGUUAUGUUUACUGCUCAGCGUAUCUUACAGAAAUAGAGAAUUACCCCUUCUAAAUUAAAAUGUUUCCAUUCUAACAAUUGUGGGAUGGAUGUGUUUCUUGAUAGUUUGGAAAGAAAACAAACUUCUAGAAUUAAAAAUCAUCUGAUAUAACACUAGUAUAUUGUUAUAGAGAGUAGAUAGUCACUAAGAAAUGGUAUGUUUAAUACUAUUUCCAGUCUACCCAUCCAGUUAUGUACUUUUUUGAUUGAAAAUUGAAUAUUUAAGUUCAGAUCAGAUUAGCUUAUUACUUUUUUUUAGCUUAUUAUUUUAAAAUAUACACGUACAUGUAUUUUUUCUGUUUAGUUGUACAUAUCUCCUCAUUAUAGAUUUCUGAAUGUGUAGACUUUGGUUUUUUAUAAGCCUAAAAUUAAACACCUUUUAAUGUGUGUCAAGAACUUGUUCCAUAUAAUUGUGGUAUCGAGCAAUAAUGUGAAUAAUGUUUGAAAUUAUAUAAACUAUGUUUAAUAAUUUGUAUUAAGAAUUGGUACCACUACCUCCCCCUCCCACCCCGUAUUAAACCUUUUAAAUACCAAUUUCGUUAAUUGAUAUACCUGUAUUUUUAAAAAGUGUUUCUUUGUACUUCUCUAAAGUACUGUGCUUCUAUAUAAAUUUGAAUAGCUAAAUGCCAAUAUCUCAAAUCCUAUAUGGAAUUCACUUUAGGAAUUGUCUUUAAAACUUGGGUUUAAGAUAAUGUCCCAACGUCUGUC